AUGGCUUUGAAACUAAAGCAAUUGUCUCAAACGUCAACCACACUCGUGCUGCUGAUACACUUAUCUCUUCACACCGUUGAUGAAGGCUUCGCUAUUAAUCCCAGUUGUUCCUGUAUCCGGUUCACAUCGGGCGGCGAAGGUGCACCUCGUGGAACUUUCAGCAGUCCAGAUUACCCGCGAGCGUACCCACGCUCCCUCUGCUUGCUCUACACUUUUCUUGCUCAGCCUCAUCAGAUCGUUGAGAUCGUGUUCACGGACUUUGACAUUCACAAGGAACAUCUAGAGUAA